AUGGAGGAGGAUAGGUGGCCACCUACAUUGGUUAUACCUGACUACAUUCUUGAUCCAAAUACUUCAUACUUUGUAGAGCUUGUAGGAUUUCUGACUUGCGCCAAGCCCUCAACUCAUUAUCCUCUUUACUUGUCGUUAAAACUUUUAAGAAACCUAUGUGGUGGAGAAAUAUUGAACCAGAAUAGUUUGUUAGAGGUAGAUGGGGUUGACGUUGUUGCUAGGGCUGUUGACACGGUAAAGAGUAAAAAGAACUAUGGUAUAGAGGUUUUUUGUCGGGCAGGAGAAGAACAUAAGAAUGCUGUUUGGUUUCGCUUCUUUCCUGGUACACUCAAAAAUAUGGCUAAAACUCGGGAACGGGAUUUUUUGAACGUUUUGUGCAUGGUUGUCCAUACUUGCUGUGAUGGAAGUUAUGAAUUAAUGGGACAGCUUCAUGGGGUUCAAGGGGUACAACUUGUUGCUGAUAUGGUUGGGACUUCUUAUUAUGCUAAUGGCCUGGUGGAGGAUUGGUUGCAGGAGCUUCUUGAUACGCUCUGCCUCAAAGGGUCCUAUUUUUUGCCAUUAUUUAAAGAAUUGAGAACGCGAUUUGAUGCGUCUAUAGAUGCUGCUGUCAGUUCUUUCAAGAAGUUAGAUGAUUUAAAAGUUGGUGACAUUAGAGACGCACAUGUAUAUCUACUAUACCUGCUAUAUUCGAGAUUGAAGAGAAAGAAACGCUCAGUAUCUAAUGUCUCUAAAGAAGUUAUUUAUCCACCUGGAAGAUGUAGUUCAACAACUGAAGAUUCAGUAGUUGAGUUGUUAUUGUGGUCAUGGCUGGUGGAUCAUCUUUUAAAUUUUCCCAAAGAACUUGGGCCUCCCUCGAAAAUCAACAAGUUCAGCUGUUCCGAACAACUGAAAAUCUGCCCUUUUGCAGGGUUUAAUACUAAGAUACUUUCAUUUAUCGAUUUAUGCUUGGACGGAAGGAAGCAUGUGCAAGAUGAAAUAAGGCAGAAAGGUGCAAUGCUUCUGCUGCUGCAACAGUGUUUUGAAGAUGAAAAUCAUCCAACGAGACGAUUAACUGGACUAAUGACAGUAGCGAAGUUGCUUGAUGGAAACAAAGAAAACCAGGAUGCAUUGAAGGAAUUGAAGAAAACUGAAUAUCUUCCCAAAUUCGCUGGAGUAGGUCCUGGGGUGAAAAUUGACCCGGAGACUGGACAUGCUAUAUUUAUAGUUCGCCUAGAGUGA